GAGCCGGGGCCGGGCGGGCGAGCCGGGCCUGCCCGAGUCGCCGCACAGGACCAGUUGGGCCUCCUGAGUGCCAAGAUGAGUGUCACGUCCUGGUUCCUGGUGAGCAGCAGUGGCACACGCCACCGGCUCCCGCGAGAGCUCAUCUUCGUGGGGCGCGAUGAGUGCGAACUCAUGUUGCAGUCCCGCAGCGUGGACAAGCAGCAUGCUGUCAUCAACUACGACCAGGACCGUGACGAGCACUGGGUGAAAGACCUGGGCAGCCUCAACGGGACAUUUGUGAACGAGGUGCGCAUCCCAGAUCAGAAGUACGUCACACUGAAGCUCAAUGAUGUCAUCCGCUUCGGCUAUGAUUCUAACAUGUAUGUGCUGGAGCGCGUGCAGCACCGUGUCCCCGAGGAGGCGCUCAAGCAUGAAAAGUACACUAGCCAGCUGCAGGUGAGCGUCAAGGGCUCCCUGCCCAAGAGGGGUGAGCCCCUGCAGGAGUCCACACCCUACUGUGAGUCCACCCACCCCAGGCCAGAGAAAGGGGACCGAAGGCCUGGCACAGAGGCAGUGGCUUACCGCACGCCCCUGUAUGGGCAGCCCUCCUGGUGGGGAGAGGAUGACAGCGCCACACCUGAGGACCGGCGUCAGGAGGAGCCCUACCCAGAGCGUCCCAGGGAGCCGUUGACACAGGGUGGCGAGCUGGAUGGCUUCCGCACCACCACUGAGCACCAGGGCUGUGCACUCCGGCGUGAGCCCAGCUACUUUGAGAUUCCCACCAAGGAGGUUCCGCAGCCGCUGCAGACCCCUGAGGCACCCACGAAGGACAAGGAGGCUGGCAGCGGCGGGACGGCCCCUGUGGUACAGAGCCACGCCUCCUUCACCAUUGAGUUUGAUGACUGCAGCCCUGGGAAAGUGAAGAUCAAGGACCACAUCACCAAGUUCUCCCUGCGACAGCGGCGGCCCCCGGCCAGGGAGGCCUCCCCAGGGGAGCUGGUCUCAGCUGAGACCAAAGUGGCCGACUGGCUGGUGCAGAAUGACCCCAGCCUGCUUCACCGGCCAGGCCCUGGGGACGACCGCCACAGCACCAAGAGUGACCUGCCUGUCCACAGCCGGACCCUGAAGGGCCACAAGCAUGAGGACGGCACGCAGAGCGACUCCGAAGACCCCCUGGCCAAGGCGGCCUCCGCGGCCACGGCGCCUGCGGAGGCCGGUGCGGAGCAGGUGCGGCUGCAGAGGCAGAUCAAGCGGGACCCGCAGGAGCUGCUGCACAACCAGCAGGCCUUUGUCAUCGAGUUCUUUGACGAGGACACGCCUCGUAAGAAGCGCUCACAGUCUUUCACACACACCCCGCCCGGGGACCCCAAGGUGGACAAGCGCCGUGGCCCAGGCACUGCUGACAGGGAGCGCCCCAGCGCCCCAGCCCGCCCCGCAGGUGGCAGCGCGGGGCCCCAGCGGGCCAGCUCGCUCAAAAGGGAGAAGACCGAGGAGCGGCUGGGCGGCUCUGUGCCCGCCACACGCACCCCAGCCCGCCCCUUCGGAAGCGUGGGGCGCCGUUCCCGCCUGGCACAGGACUUCAUGGCCCAGUGUCUGCGCGACAGCUCCCCAGUCCCCCGGUCAGGCCCAGAGAAGGUGCCCCCAGUGCUGCCCACCCCCCUGACACCCCGUACAGCCAGCCCCGUGGCCCCCCCAACCCCUCCACCCCUGCCUGCUGACCCCCAGCUGACGAAGGCACGAAGACAGGAGGAAGACGACAGUCUGAGCGAUGCAGGCACCUACACCAUCGAGACAGACGCGCAGGACAGGGAGGUGGAAGAGGCCCGGAAGAUGAUUGAUCAGGUGUUUGGGGUGUUUGAGGCCCCUGAACUCUCCAGAGUGUCCUCAGCCACCUUCCGCCCAGUCAUCAAAGGGGACAGAGAUGAGUCUGUGGAUGAGGGUGUGGCCCAAAGGAUGGCAUUGCUGCAGGAGUUUGCCUCCCGGCCCUCGGGUGUGGCCCCCCAGACAGAGCACCAGGGCCACCUGGUUCCAGGCUCACCUGGGGCUCAGAAGUGGGUGUCACGCUGGGCCAGCUUGGCCGAUAGCUACUCGGACCCGGGCUUCACAGAGGAUGGGCCUGGACACAGAACCGGAGAGUCUGACGGGCCCCUGCCCUUGCGUACACGGCGACUGCUUCCUCAGCUGCCCAGUGACAGGGCUGACAGCCCCGCCGGGCCUGAGGUGACCAGGAGGAACGGGCCAGGGCUACCAGAGCCAGGCAGUGAGCUGGCUGGCCGCCUCCCAGGCCAGGAAGACCUAGACCCCGACAGCCUCAGUGAUGCCAGUGGGUCAGAUGGGGGCCGAGGCCCAGAGCUGGGCAUGGAGCAGCAGGGGGAGAGGCACGUGAAGCCUCAAGAGACAGCAGCCUGGACCAGGGGUCGGCACUCUCAGCGGGCUCAUGGGGAACCAGCCCCCACCUCUUUCUUCAUUGGAGACCAGAAUGGGGAGGCCACUUUCCCCCGGAAACCGUUGGUGGCUCCUGGGGAGGUAGACGGCCCAGGGCGGGCAGCCCAAGCCGGCCUCCCAGUGAAGGAUGGCGUCUAUGUCAGCCCUAGCGGGAGGAUGGUCAUCCAGCUGCGUCCUGGGCGGUCCCCGGAGCCCAGCAGCCCUGGACCAGCCCCUACCAAGGAGGCCCUGGCCUUUGUCCGACAAGAGAGUUUCACUAAGGAGCCAGACAGUGGCCCCCCGGCGCCCGGCAAGCUCCCCCACAUCUCCAGCCACCCCCUGUUGCAGGACCUGGCUGCAGCUCGGGCCUCACGCAUGGACUUCCACACGCAGGAUACCCACCUGAUUUUAAAGGAGACAGAGACAGCCUUGGCGGCGCUCGAGGCCCGACUGCUCUCCAAGCCACCGGAUGGAGAGGGCGAGGGGGCUGCCCCCAGGCCCCCGGAGGACUCUCUGUCCGGGGACUCGGAUGUGGACACAGCCAGCACCGUCAGCCUGCUCAGCGGCAGGAACGGACCCAGCCCAACGACCCCGCAGGCCCUAGGACCACAGAAAGAGAGCCUGUCCUCCCCACCGCUGGUGCCAGACUCAGGAGCUGCCAGCCCGGGCGAGGCCCGUGAGCACCUGUCAGAAAAGCCGCACCGGUCACUGGGCACAGCAGACCUGGGCCGUGGGGAGCCAGCACGGCGCCAAGCUGUGCGGCGCAGCCAUGGGCCCCGAGGGUCCCUGGACUGGCCCGAUGAGGAGCGAGGUUCUGGCCCCAGUAACCCACCCAACUCAGUCACAGCCGCCUCCAACCUCGAGGCCACUGAGGCCACAAGGGCCAGUCAGCCAGGGCCCCGCCGGAAGCCAGCGCCCUCCCCUCCCUCCCCUGCCGCCCGCGAGGAGCAGAGCCGUGUCUCCACCAGUGCCCAGAAGGUCCAGCAGGCACUGACUCGCUCCAACAGCCUGUCCACCCCAAGGCCCACCAGGGCCUCCCGGCUCAGGCGGGCCCGGCUCGGGGAGGCGUCUGACACAGAGGCUGCGGAUGGUGAACGGGGGCCCCCAGCCAACCCUGAGCCGGCCAGCCGGCCAGCCACAGAGCAGGCCAAGAAGCUGACACGCUUGGACAUCCUGGCCAUGCCCCGUAAGCGGGCCGGCUCCUUCACGGGGCCCAGUGACUCAGAGGUGACCCCCACCCGCACUGGCUUCUCUGGCCGCAGUGCAGAGCUGUACUGCACCAGCCGUAAGCCCACCAUGGCUGAGGCCCGUGCUGCUGCCAGGAAGGCUGCUGCCGCUGCUGCCAAUGCCGGCCCUCGCCAGCCCUUCAGCCGUGCCCGACCAGGCAGUGCCAGAUACUCCUCCAACACGCGUCGUCGGCAGCAGGGCUCAGAUUACACAUCCACCUCUGAGGAGGAGUACGGCUCCCACCACAGCUCCCCCAAACACACACGCUCCCAUGCCUCGACAGCCACGCAGACCCUGCGGGCCAGCAGCUCUGGCCGGGCUCGGGCCCGGGCCCCCGGCCCUCGGGACACAGAUGACGAUGAGGAGGAGCUUGACCCCUAUGGUUUCAUCGUGCAGACGGCAGAGAUUGCCGAGAUUGCCAGGUUGAGCCAGACACUGGUGAAGGAUGUGGCCAUCUUGGCCAGGGAGAUCCAUGAUGUGGCUGGGGACGGGGACUCCCUGGGGCCCACCCGCAGCCCUUCCCUCGGGAACAUGCCCAGCACCCCCGCCUCAACCAUCUCCGCGCGGGAGGAGCUUGUGCAGCGCAUUCCCGAGGCCAGCCUCAACUUCCAGAAGGUGCCACCUGGCUCGCUGAACUCUCGGGACUUCAACCAGAACAUGAGUGACAGCUGUGAGGAGGCGCUGACCAAGACGAGGCCUCGGAACCGCGAGGAGGUGAUCUUCGAUAACCUGAUGCUGAACCCGGUGUCCCAGCUCUCACAGGCCAUCCGCCAGAACACAGAGCAUCUUGCCGAAAAGAUGAAGAUUCUCUUCCAGAACACGGGUGGAGCGUGGGAGGACCUGGAGGCCAGGAUCAACGCCGAGAAUGAGGUUCCCAUCCUGAAGACGUCCAACAAGGAGAUCAGCUCCAUCUUGAAGGAGCUGAGGCGUGUGCAGAGACAGCUGGAAGUCAUCAAUGCCAUUGUGGACCCCAAUGUCAAUCUGGACCUGCUGACAGGAAACAGGGCUUCCACAGGUCUGGCCCCGCAAGGGCUGGGGAAGGGCCGGUCAGCAGCCCAGAGUCCCUGCUCGCCUGCCUUGGUGGAGCCCUUGCUGCCAGCCCUGCCCCUGAGGAGCUUCCCACAACGGGCCAACUGCGGACCCCCCAGCCUCCCAGAGCCUGCCUUCCUCCCCGACGCCGAGCAGUUCCUGAUCUAGGCGCGGGGCAGGUGGGGCCUUCCCCUGUGUGUGUGUGUGUCCUGUGGCUGCAUCCACCAUGUGGCCACCUGCCCAGCCAGGUGGCUCUCUGUGAAAACCCCGUAUGUGCCAUAACCCCCUGGGGCAGGUGCCUCUGUGCCAACCCCUCAGCCCAGCCACCUCGCCCAGCCCUGCCGUGCCAGGCCCGGCUCUGGGUGUGGGCGCUGCAAGGGCAGGCCCUGAGGGCACAUACCCACCCCUCACCAUCACCAUCGUUUCUGUUGUUAGCUUUAAAGGAAAGAGUAGUGUGUGCCAUCACAGCGCCUCUGCGGGCCUGAGCCGGGGCCGCCGCCUCGCCUCCGCGGGGCCCGCCUCUGCGGGGCUCCCCUCCGUGGGGCCCGCCUCCACGGGGCUGCAUGCUGUCCGACGCCAGGCAGGGAAGAAGGCUGCAGCCAGGGGUCGUUCAGAGCUGAAUGGGAGCUGGGGAGAGCUCGGGUGUGGCCUAGGACUGCCCAGAAGGAGGGGUGCUGCCCAACCAAGCACCUGAGCUGAGUGGAGCUGCCCAGUCCAGCAGCCUGAGUGAACAGAUGGCCCAUGGAGACAUUAGGGCCAGAACCCCAGGACUGGUCCCUGCUCCCCAUACAACUGCCAAAUCCACUGCACGGGCGUCCGGGCAGAGCCCUGCAGAGUAGGCUCCAUGGUGGGUGGCAGCUCCACCCCAGGCCCCUCGUGGGGGCAGGCCCCUCUCCACACCACAGCCGAGUGCAGGACCAGGUCCCCAGCAGGCCAAAGUGACUGGAAAGCAGGAUUCUGGGGCUCCCAUCUGGCCUCCCUCCUGCCCCCGGGACACUGCGUAAUAAGCGGGCAUCUGCCACGGGCUUCUGCAACCCUAGCCCUGCGGGCAGGCAGGGGCGGCCCUGGCACCGGCGUGCGUCCUCAGGAUCCUCAGCAGGCUGUGCCAGGCAGGCCAGCAGUGCCCCUCUGCUCUUGCCUCUGUGGGGUGGCCAGUGUUUCCGGAGGCAUGAAGCCAAAGAGCCUGUUUGCUGUGGGGGAGGGGUCCCCUCCACCCGGUUGGUGUGGGUGUGCCGUGUUUGUGCGGGGGUGGACCCGGAGGGUGCCCAUCUGUGAGGGACUCGGGGCCUCCUUGGGGGCGCGGUCUCCCUGUUUACAUUGAGCUGCCACAGCCCACCUGAUGUUUACGUGUGUGCGGGAGGGGGGUGGGGGGGAAGGCUGGUGGCGGGUCCUCACCGGAAAGCCUGCUGUCUGUGGAGGAGGUGCUGGCCUGGCCCGAGGUGUACCACCGCCCUGCGUGUCUGCGUGGCCUCGGCCUGUCCCCGGGCCGCGGUGGCUGGUCACCGUCGGCCACGCCUCCCUCCCUGUGCACUGCUGUACAUUUUCAAUGCACAAUGAGUGUUUCUCCUGUGUCAGGCCCCUUGGUCCUGUGCUCCCCCGGGGCUGCGGUCUGAUUGGAUUUGCAGAGGCGUCUGUACAUUCUCAGGUGGUCUUGUGGAUGUCUUUCAGAAAAUGAUUAUUUUAUAUGAUUUGUCAUCGAGUUUGUUCAAAUAAACCAUUCUUCUAUCACACAGCAGCACAAUAGCA